AUGCUGCAUACUCGGCACUUGCUUCUUCUAGGCUUUUUCAUCUGCAUAUCCGAGCAAGCACUAGAGAAAAGCGCUAGGUUCGAACACGAUACUGCUGCUGAAAGCAUCACGGAACGAAUGAUUAAAGUAAAGGGAAAGCUACGAUUGUGCCCUCAAAAUACAAAAGUGCAUAUUGGUGGUGACAUGAUUUUGAGUGGAGCUUUGCUCAAUCUGGAGUCCGAAAUUACGCGCAGAAAACGAUGGGCCUACAAAGACGAAUAUUACCCUGAAACUAUUUGGGCCACUGGAGUGCCUUAUGAAUUUGAUUUAGAGCUCUUGCCUAUAAAUCAAAUUGCAGCACCUGUUGCGAUCACUAGUAACUUUCCAGGUGAAAAUCCUGGCUGCUUCUCCACUGUGGGCAGGGACACCUCACAACCAGAACAACCCGUAAAUAUUGGAAGAGGAUGCUAUCACUUUGGUGUGACUUCACACGAAAUUGGACACGCUCUCGGCCUCUUUCACCAUCAACAGCGGUAUGAUCGAGAUGAUUACAUAAGGUUUAUCUCAGAGAACGUCCCAAGAACAUAUUGGCGCAAUUUUGUUAAGAUUCCUGCGAGAUUUCUGAGCACCUAUGGGCUUCCAUAUGAUGUCGGCAGCGUCAUGCAUUACACCCCAACCGAGUUUGCUCCCGAUCCGUACCUUCCCAGCCUUAUCACUGUGGAUCCAGACCUCCAAGGAACAAUGGGAGCGCUUGAUGGGCCAUCUUUUCUUGAUGUGGAGAUCAUAAAUAGGCACUACCAAUGUGACAGUGAGUGUUAG